AACUUACAGCCUCGCACAGUCUCACGUGCAGCAUCGCGUGUCUCUACGACCGAUCUAGCUGUUCCACGCUGUAGGAUCUCCAUCUUUCAGCACUCUAUCCAAUAUUUUGCAUCCACUCUGUGGAAAUCCUUUCCCGCUAAACUUACAAUUAGAGCACUGGAUUCUGCUGGAUCUUUUCGGAGGGAACUCUUUGACCAUCUGCUGCGUAACGAGCGUGGAUGGGCCUAGCUGCUGGGUCUCUCUCUCUCACGCUUACUUUAGCUCUACGAUGUAAUGUACCAAGGCGUUCUGUAUAGUCAUGGCAAGCUAGAAGUAAGGGGAAUCGCCUCCCUCAAAACUUCUUGAUUUUCCUAUCGAUAGGUCUCGGUCGUCGCUUCGAGCGCCCUCGGAUAAAUUAGGACGGGUCCGUACGGUUCGGACGGGUUCGUGGGCUCUCGGGCGAGCUCGCGCGAUAAGCCCCCGGCUGGGAGUCGUUUUUCAGUGUGUAUAUGAUUCGGAAAGAAAGCGCACACGUUUUUUGGGUUAGCAACAUCAGUCUCUCGUGAUUCUUUUGUGCCAUUAUGAGAAGUUCAUGGACAUAACCAGUAUUACUUAUUAACCGUUCUCUUGAGGUACAGAGGCUUUGGCAUUUGGGCAUACGGCUGCGGAGGCGGCUAGCUGAUAUCAUCUGCGUUCUUUUGAAUUCAGAGGCGACAGGUAACAUUUCUCCCACGAGGAUUGUCCUCUCGAGGUCAGAGGCGAUCUUCGAUUUACGGCUACAGCCCCGCGCUCACGUCAAUCGUCCUCUUGAGGUCAGAGGCGACCGACGCCUAAUACAAUGCAAUCAAUGCCUAAUACAAUGCGAUUGACGCCUUAAUACACUCAUUAAAUUUUCUUCUUCAUUUCAGCUAAAAUUAUUCCUAGUAACUUUAAUUAAUAUUUGUUCUUUCUCUCCCCCUUUUUUUGUAUACUAAUUAAUUCCAGUUCGCUAAGAAACCUAAAGUUCUUUUGACUUACUCUGCUUUACUUUAGUCCAAUUUGUACACCAAUACAACACAACAAUAAAUUGUAAGUUACAGUUCACAUGCUUGUUGUCUUUCGUAUCCUCCACUCGCUUGUCGUGUUUGCCAUUGAAUAAUUUUAAUAACCUUGACACGUUCUUUUUUCUAAACAUGUAGCUUAGUUUUCAUUUGCAUAAUUAUCUAUAUGCAUAUUGUAUGUUUCUCACGCUUAUUUUGUUUUAUUAAUGUACUAUAUUAUUGCGUUUUUCUCUAAUAAUGUAAAACUUAUUCUGCCUACUACCUGUAUGUAUAUUACACUAUUUUGUACGCUUACUUUACUAAUGUAUUUCACUUAUGCAUAUCUCUCUAAUUACGUACAUUUAACUCUCAGCCUGUCACUUCUAUGCGCAAUGUUUUACGAUUAUAUUCUAUCUUUGUACUAGUUCCUAUGUUCACUAUUAAUAUUAUUGUACGAUUCACGCUUUACUCUGAUUAUGUAUACUAUACGACUGUUCUUAGAGGAUUAUGCCCUAGAACAUUAAUAAAUGCUCAGUCAGUCAGUCAGUCUCUCUUGCGUACCUGCGGGAAUGGUAAGUUUCGUUACGUCCUUUUUUCCCUUCCUUUGAAGUAUCCUCAUAACCCAAAUAAUAAAGUUUAAAUUCCAUAAGGCUGGACGUAACAACCGUUUUAACGCAUUACUGUCAUUUUUCAACAUCGUGUGAAUAUAUAGCACGCUGAAAUUAUGCGUAAUGCGUCAUUGUUUUAAUUCUUGAUGCUUAUUGCUCAUUUUAAUUAAUUUUAUUAGUUUCCAAACAAGUUUACAAGUAUUAUAAUUGUUUAUCAUGGAUAAUAAAUUAAUAAUGGUGACUGAUGUUAUUAAGCACCUAACAAAUAUAUAUUUGAAAACUCCAGUGAUGCAAUAUCGAAAAGAAAAGGUGAGCUUAACUUUAAUCAAACUACAUUUAAUUUAUGUUGGCUUAUGAAAAAAAAAUCACACAAAAGAAGUGUAUGGGUCAGGCCCAUUUAUUCAGUAGAGCAGCGGUUUCGUCAAGAUGAUAGCGACAAUUUAAUUACUAUGUUGAGGGAAACUGAUAAUUUGUUCCAUUUUAAUUAUUUAAGAAUGAAUGUUAACACCUUCGACCAUCUUCUUCCAACAAUAAAGCCUGGAAUUGAAAAAAAAAAUUAAAAAACCAAUUGCUUCUUAUACAAGACUGCAAAUUUGCUUUUGAUAUUUAGCUAGUGGAAAUAGCAUGAGAUCAAUAAGAUACGCAUUUCGAAUUUCUGCAAACACUGUUUCGCAAAUAAUUUAUGAAACUUAUAAUGAAAUCUGGCUGAAAAUAAAGGAUUUAGUUAUGCCACUACCAAACAAGGACAAAGAUUGCAGAAGAUUUUGAAGCAAUGUGAAUUUCCCUCACUGUAUUAGAGCAAUAGAUGGGAAACACAUUUUAAUAAAAGUAUAAUAAUUUAUCCAGACAUUUUUUGUAUUUAACAUUCAUAAAAUAGACUAAUUUAAAAUCAAAUUACAGGCUCCUCCUUACAGUGGCUCAUUUUAUUAUUCUUAAGAAACACGGUAGUCGCUCGCGCCAAAUAAACGCGCAGCACGAGCCCGACUGUGCUCUUUACAUGAGUAUGUGACUUGCGAGCAAUCGAGAUUAUCGAAUCUCAGAAACGAAUCGACUUCUAGGCUCAAUCAAAAGCUUGGGGUCGAUGUGUAUAAGAAAACUAUUUGUAUAAGAAAACUGUCAAAAUUUUCAUGUAACAAACGUCAUUGUCAUCGACCUCUCAGAUCAGAAAAUGUCACUUUCACACUUUUGAUAAAAGAGGCGCUUGUGUACUAUAAACCCGCCUCAGGUUAUUUAGAAAUCUGUCAUACCGACGAAAUAUAGUAGCAUGAUGGCAUUAGCAGCGGUCACAUUCGCAUGCUUCUUGGGCAACGUUCUAUUUCACGCAUAAUAUUUAACGUUAAUAAUCAUGUGUGUAAUAAAACGGAACCCAGCCAUUCGUAUCAUCACUACGGCGUUUGCAUCGUGUGUAAUGGGACUACCCAUGCUAAGCAAAGGAAAAGGGAAAUAUUGAAACUCAAUGAAAUUAAAAUCUUCAAAUAAGGAACCUCUGGAAACUAUAAAAAUUUAUUAUUCACAGCAAAAACGCUGUCCGCGCUCAAUCAAUAAGAGUAUGUUUCUCACUAAAAUUCUACAGAAAGACAUAAAGACCCUUUUUUUGCUUGCUUGUUUGUUUGAGUGACCUAAAGAUAAGAGAAGCGAAAAUUAUAAACAUCCCUCUCCUAUACUCAAAACCAAAACCAAAUCGGGCGGAGACGAAAAGAGAUGGACCAAUAGCUGAUCAUCUCUACGAAAUAAUAAUUUCGCGAGUUCCCAAUAGACAAGCUCCAAAUUUGGUGGUUUUGAAAGGGCCCACCAAUCCAAGAAUAACACCGUCUACACCUUCCCUUCGGAAAAUUGAGUAUAAAACGCGAUCCCAAAGACCGCGAUCAGCUUUUCCGCUUUUUACUCUUGACCAAGUGCGAGUCCAAAAAUUUCGCGAGUUCGCCAAUUCACGAUUUUUCACGAUUGCUCGAGUGCGAGUCGGGACAAAUAUUAAGUGUCGAACAAAAGCGAACCGCAAGUGAAGUGAGUACACUGGUGUACUUCCGUGGGUUAUCACUCUCCAGUUCCACCAGCCUAGAGUCCUGACGGACUAACUUGUUCCGGCCAACCGAGAACCGCCCGAGUACCCAAAGAUCGGCACUCCGGAUUAUGCUCCCCCCAGAGGAAACAUCCCGAAAAGUAUGGACAAUAGUUUCUUCCAUCGUAAUCGGUCGAACCUAAAGAGAAAACGGAGAUGGGCGAUCAGGCGGGCUCGCGCUUAUCCGGACCCUACCACGCUCACUUCGCGUUCAGAGGGCUGUUCACCUUCGAUGGGAAACGCGGACUUCGAUCCUGCCCUUCGAGAGUCCGACCGGCCGUUCCGGUGCGCGGAUUCAGAGACAGUCAUUCGAGAGUCCGACCGAGCGUUCCGGUGCGCAGAUUCAGAGCCUGUUGCUCGAGAGUCCGACCGGCCGUUCCGGUGCGCGAAUUCAGAGGCUGUCAUCGUCCAAACAUCCGAAGAUAGCACCCACAACACCCGUAAUUUCGCCACGGUCUCGGAUUCUAACAAUAGACAAUUUUCUUCACCUUUUCUUCCCUCACCUCACUAUUCCCCUAUCAGUUCUCCCGAACCAGAAGAGGUUCCUCCGCCACCUUCACCCACACUAUCCCUUGAGUUUUUAGCCGAAUUCCCCCUCCUACCUCCCCGUCCAAGAUAUUACUAUUAUGAUGGCACCCAAACCUCCUUAUUAAAAAUUUUAGAACAAUUCCCCCUCAAAAUAGAUCCUUUUCUCCACCAUUUCCGCGACCUUACAAUUAAUCCGGAAGCGAUCGACCCAGAAGUCCUUUUAGACAUUCUACCCGCCCUCGCUUCUAACGACCCUAUCUUAGUAUUUACACUUACUAUUUCGAUCCUUUUGCUAUCCCCGCCGACUUUUUCUAUAACUUCUUUCCCCCUUCAUACGCCACCGUAGAAGAGUUACCUUGACAUUCAAAUCUCCUCCCGAUUUAGAAAA